AUGGACCUGCAGCCUUUCCACGUCCCUGUGACCAUCGCCGCCAUCCCGGGUCGGAUCCCCGCCAAACCGGGAGGGAUCCCCGCCAUCCCGGGACGGAUCCCCGCCAAACCGGGAGGGAUCCCCGCCAGCCCGGCCCGGGACGGAUCUCCGCUAUCCCGGGUUAGAUCCCCGCCAUCCCGGGACGGAUCCCCGCCAAACCGGGAGGGAUCCCCGCGGGCACGGCUGCAAGGGGCGGCGCCGUGUGGGCGGGGCAAGCGCCGUCCUUCGGCUCCCUUCGUCACGCUCCGGCAGCGCUCGGCAGCCAAUCGGCGCAGCGGGCGCCUUCCCGCCUCGCCCCUCUGUCGCGUGCCUUGCUGGGCCCGUUCCUGAGGGCCCGGCCUGCGGCAGCGGCGGCGGCUCCAGCGGGGACAGAACCGUGCGGGGGCUCGGGGAGAGCGGCUGGCUGUCUGCGGGCGGCUAGGAGCAAAGAUGACUGGAAGAGCUAGAGCCAGAGGAAGGCCUCCCAGACAGAUACCUCCUCCUGCUGCAGUAGGAGAUGCACCGAUGCAGCAGGGCAUGCCCGGCCCGCUGCGCGGCCGGCGGCAGCAGCAGCAGCAGCACCCGCAGCAGCUCCAGCACCCACAGCAGCUCCAGCAGCAGCUCCAGCAGCUCCAUGUUCCUCCAGCACAGCUGGAAGAUCCGGGGGGCCACGGGCACCUGCGUGGCUGUGAGACCCCCCUGCAGGAGAGGAGGCCAGAAGGGUUACAGGUUUCCUCAGGACUCCAGGAUAUGUCUUUAAGAGAUAGGGGUGGACGUCGCAGAGAUUUCCAUGACCUUGGGGUAAACACUCGGCAAGCCAUGGUGCACGUUCAGGAAUCCAAAACUGGUUUUUCAGGAAAAAUGAUCAAGCUGACCACCAACCACUUCCGUCUGACGUCGCGCCCGCAGUGGGCGCUGUACCAGUACCACGUGGGCUACAGCCCUGAGAUGGAGGCGCGGCGCCUGCGCUCCGCCCUGCUCUUCCAGCACGAGGAGACCAUCGGCAAGACCCAUGCCUUUGAUGGCUCCAUACUGUUCCUGCCAAAGAAGCUCGAGAACAAGGUUACUGAACUGUUCAGUAGGACUCGAAAUGGGGAAGAUGUGAAGAUAACAGUCACACUCACUAAUGAGUUGCCACCCACUUCACCUACUUGUCUGCAGUUUUACAACAUCAUUUUUAGAAGGCUUUUGAAGAUGCUGAAUUUGCAGCAGAUUGGACGUAAUUAUUACAACCCCAGCGAUCCAGUCAGCAUCCCUAACCACAGGCUGAUGGUGUGGCUGGGCUUCACAAGUUCCAUCCUGCAGUAUGAGGAGAACAUCAUGCUGUGUGCAGAUGUGAGCCAUAAGGUUCUCCGUGGGGAGACAGUGCUGGAUACUAUGCACAGCCUUCACUCCCAGGUUGGAGAGGAGAGAUUUAGAGAUGCCUGUGCUAAAGAGCUGAUUGGUUUAAUUGUUCUCACAAAGUACAAUAACAGAACAUACAGAAUUGAUGACAUCGACUGGGAUAACAAUCCAAAGAGUACCUUCAGAAAAUCAGAUGGUUCUGAGAUGAGCUUUGUGGAGUACUACAAAAAGCAAUAUAACAUAGAAAUUAGUGAUUGGAUGCAGCCUGUUCUGAUCAGUCAGAUGAAGAGGAAGAGAGGGAACAUACAAGGAACUGUGGCUCUGAUUCCAGAGCUGUGCUCCCUAACAGGACUGACUGACAAGAUGCGCAACGAUUUCAACAUGAUGAAGGACUUGGCCAUCCACACACGGCUGCCGCCUGAGCAGAGGCAGCGCGAGCUGGGCAGGCUUCUGAACUACAUCCAAAAAGAUGACAAUGUUCAGAAGGAGCUCCGAAACUGGGGUCUAAGCUUUGAUAAUAAAUCAGUGUCCUUUACAGGAAGAAUUGUUCAAGGAGAAAAGAUCUUUCAAUCAGGAGCCAUGUUCGACUACAACCCUCAGUUUGCCGACUGGACCAAGGAGACGCGCGGCGUGCCCCUGAUCCGCUCCAUGCCCAUGGACAGCUGGCUGCUCAUCUACACCCGCCGCAACUACGACGUGGCCAACACCCUGCUGCAGAGCCUCUUCAAGGUCACCCCCUCCAUGGGCAUCCACAUGAACAGGCCAAGCAUGAUUGAAGUAGAUGAUAGAACAGAAGCAUAUUUAAGGGUUUUACAGCAAAGGAUUACCCCUGACAUAAACAUAGUAGUUUGUAUUUUGUCCAGCUCCCGAAAGGAUAAAUACGAUGCCAUCAAGAAGUACCUGUGCACAGACUGCCCCAUCCCCAGCCAGUGUGUGCUGGCUCGCACUUUGAGUAAACCGCAGACUAUCAUGACGGUAGCAACAAAAAUUGCCUUGCAAAUGAACUGUAAAAUGGGUGGAGAGCUCUGGAGUGUUGAGAUCCCUCUGAAGCAGGUGAUGAUUGUGGGCAUCGAUUGUUACCAUGACACCGUCUCUGGGAAGCAGUCCAUCGCGGGCUUCGUGGCCAGCCUCAAUCAGUCAGUCACACGGUGGUUCUCCCGCUGCGUUGUUCAAAGUCGUGGGCAAGAACUUGUGGAUGGAAUCAAAACCUGCUUGCAAAGUGCUCUGAGGAACUGGUCUAAGUGGAAUAAGUCUUUGCCCUCUCGUAUUUUUGUGUAUCGUGAUGGCGUUGGAGAUGGACAACUCAAUACUUUGGUUAAUUAUGAAGUGCCUCAAUUUCUGGAUUGCUUGAAGAGUAUUGGUACUGACUACAGCCCAAGACUCACUGUGAUUGUGGUGAAGAAACGAGUGGGUGCCAGGUUCUUUGCAGAGAUUGGGGGAGGACUCAAAAACCCACCCCCAGGGACUGUUGUUGAUACAGUGGUGACCAGACCAGAGUGGUAUGAUUUCUUCGUGGUGAGCCAGACGGUGAAGAACGGCUGCGUGGCACCCACCCACUACAACGUCAUCUACGACACCAGCCAGCUGAAACCCGACCACGUGCAGCGCCUCACCUACAAGCUGUGCCACAUGUACUACAACUGGUCGGGUAUUAUCAGAGUGCCUGCUCCUUGCCAGUACGCUCACAAAUUGGCUUUCCUUGUGGGUCAGAGUAUUCACAGAGAGCCAAGCAUGACGCUUUCAGACAGACUGUACUACCUUUGA